UUUUUCAUUAGAUUGAAUACAACUUUCGAUACCUACAAUGUCCCCUGCAGUUCAAGAAGGCAAGCGAGAGGAAAAAAAGCAUUACAUAUGAGCCUCUGAUUACGUUAAAUGCCAUGGUGCAACACAACCGUGUCGAAACUCCUUUCCCAUCCAGUUUGUAAAGAAUAUUUAACUAUGAAAUGGAGAGCUUAUGGAUUUAAAGCACAUCUAAUUAACCUUUCAAUCUACUCCUUGGGACUUAUUCCCCUCACUCUGCUGAUAAUGAGUGCUGCAGUACCUGGGAGCCCAUCAAGAAAUUCAACGUUAAACGAUUCAACUUCA